UGUUCUCAAAAGUUCUAAUAAGAUCAAAGGAGCAGCUACUAAAAUAAAUCUCUCCUCCUCACUCAACCAGAGCCAGCUGCAUUCACACAGCAAACAAGUUAGAGUUGGAGCAACUUCAGAACACUUGAUUAAAGUCAUGGGAAUAUUAGAUAUUUUUCUCCAGGCCUCGAGUACUAGCUCUCUUUUGGGAGCUCUGGUGGUCUUGGUGCUCGUCUACAUCGUCUCCUCCUCCAGCUUCGGAUCCCAGGACGAAGGAAAGGGACCUCCAGGUCCGAAACCACUUCUGCUACUAGGCAACCUGCUGCAGCUUGACCUUAAGAGACCCUACCACACAUUACUGGAGCUUUCCAAGAAAUAUGGAUCAGUGUUUACCAUCUAUUUGGGACCCAAAAAAGUGGUGGUCCUGGCAGGAUACAAGACAGUAAAGGAGGCACUUCUCAAUCGAGCUGAAGAGUUUGGAGAUAGAGACAUGCUGCAAAUUACGCAUGAUUAUAAUCAAGGCCACGGGGUUCUAUGGUCCAACGGUGAUUCAUGGAAAGAGAUGAGGCGCUUUGCCUUGACUAACCUCAGAGACUUUGGGAUGUGUAAGAGGGCUUCUGAGGACAAGAUCAUUGAGGAAUGUGAGCACCUCAUAGAAGUGUUUAAGAAAUGCAAAGGAGAAAAUGUUGAUACAACUCAAUCCAUGAACUAUGCGGUCUCUAAUAUUAUCUGCUCAAUUGUUUAUGGCAGCAGAUUUGAAUAUGAUGAUGCAGAGUUUACAUCACUGGUAGAUCGAACAAACAGAACUAUUCAGCUUGUGGGCGCACCAUCGAUACAGGUAUAUAACUUGUUUCCAUGGAUCGGUAAAUUUGUCGCUCACAGAAAGGAGAUCAAUAUGUUGAUUUCUGCCAACACAAAACAGAAUCAACACCUCUUUAGUCGUUUGAAAGAGACCCUCAAUCCACAGAUGUGCAAAGGCUAUGUGGAUGCCUUUCUUCUCCGCAAAAAAAAUCUGGAGGAAUCUGGGAUUACGGACAGUCAUUUCCACGAUAAAAACCUGAUGCAGACAAUUCAUAAUCUCUUUAAUGCCGGGACUGACACAACAGCAACAACGCUGAGAUGGGGACUUCUGUUUAUGGCCAAGUAUCCAAAAAUACAAGACAAGGUCCAAGAAGAGCUGAGCAGGGUGAUAGGAAGUCGUCAAGCCCAGGUAGAGGACAGGAAGAGCCUGCCUUUCACUGACGCUGUCAUCCAUGAGACACAGAGACUGGCUAACAUCGUCCCCAUGGCACUUCCUCACAAAACGAGCCAAGACGUAACUUUCCAGGGUCACUUCAUUAAGAAGGGGACCACAGUGUAUCCUCUCCUGACAUCCGUCCUGUAUGAUGAGAGUGAGUGGGAACACCCCCACAGUUUUUAUCCUGCUCACUUCUUUGACAAAGAUGAGAAGUUCAUCAAACGAGAUGCCUUCAUGCCUUUUUCUGCAGGUCGCCGGGUUUGUCUUGGAGAGAGUCUGGCCAGGAUGGAGCUCUUCAUCUUCUUCAGCAGCCUCUUGCAACACUUUCGUUUUACUCCUGCUCCAGGAGUUUCAGAGGAUGAAUUGGAUCUGACUCCACGCACAGGCUUCACUCUCAACCCUUCACCUCAUAAACUGUGUGCUGUUUCCUGUGACCAGUAGGGCUUGGAAAUGCUGCUUAGUCCCACUGUCAUCACUUCAUAUUCAUUAAAAUUCAGGAGUUCUGAUUCUGAGUCAUUCUAAUGAGUUUAGCAUGAUAUUUCAUGUAGUGCAAUAGGACUAAAUAUAUACAACUUCAUUAAUGUCCUUAUCACCUUCAAAAAUAAGAACAAAAUGAAAAUCGCUCACGUGGUGAGGAACAACACUUUUCAAUAGCACAAAAAGAGCAUAGACCUGACUGUGGCAAGAGACAAGACCUUACCAUGGCAAUAGACCAAACGCAUAAACCUGAACAUGACAAGAGACAAAAACGAACCGACACUGAACACUGGGAGACAGGGGAAUUUAAACACAGGGUAACAAGACACAGGUGGGAACAAUCAGGGGCGGGGCUGACACUGAUGAGCACAGGAGACACAGAAGGGGUGACAGGUGAAAACAAUCAGGAAAUUAGACACACCAGGGAAACUAACGACAGACAGGAAAACACGGGGAGAAAGACCAGACAAUACACAGGGAGGAAAACAUGACAAGGAGAACAGAAAAACACCCACUACCAGACACACAAAACUAAAAACGUGACACAACACAAGAAUCGUGACAUUUUGACUGAAUAGUACUGAACACACUAUUGACAUCUUGUAGGAAACUAACAUCCAAAUGUUUAAAGGCACUCUGACUGUCUUUUUUUCAUAAUAAAGUAUUAUUGAAAAAA